AUGAAGUUCACUAUUGCCACUGCUGCGGCAUUCUUGUCCAGCGCCGUUUCGGCCGUCUCAGUCUCCGGUGCUGCUGAGGGUUUCGCCAAGGGCGUUACCGGAGGUGGUUCCGCCGCUGCUGUUUACCCAUCCACCACCGCCGAGCUGGUCUCGUACCUGGGUGACAGCUCCGCGCGUACCAUCGUCCUUACCAAGACCUUCGACUUCACCAGCAGCGAGGGCACCACCACCAGCACUGGUUGCGCCCCCUGGGGCACUGGCUCCCUGUGCCAGCUCGCUAUCAACAAGGACAGCUGGUGCGACAACUAUCAGGCCAGCUCCCCCAAGGCCAGUGUCAGCUACAACAACGCUGGUAUCGCAGGUAUCACCGUCGGCUCCAACAAGUCCAUCCUUGGUAGCGGCAGCGCCGGUGUCAUCAAGGGCAAGGGUCUCCGUAUUGCCAACGGUGCCAAGAACGUCAUCAUCCAGAACAUCCACAUUACCAACUUGAACCCACACUACGUCUGGGGUGGUGAUGCUAUCACUCUGGAUGGCACUGACUUGGUCUGGAUUGACCACGUCAAGACUUCCCUCAUCGGCCGCCAGCACAUCGUUCUCGGUAACUCUGCCUCCAACCGUGUGACCAUCUCCAACUGCGAGAUUGACGGUUCCUCUACCUGGUCCGCCACCUGCGAUAACAACCACUACUGGGCCCUGUACUUCACUGGUUCCGCUGAUCUUGUCACCUUCAAAAACAACUACAUCCACCACACCUCCGGCCGUGGCCCCAAGGUCGCCGGCAACACCCUCCUCCACGCCGUCAACAACUACUGGUACUCGUCCUCCAGCCACGCCUUCGAGGUUGACUCCGGCGCCAUGAUCCUGGCCGAGGGCAACGUCUUCCAGAACGUCCCCGCCCCCGUCCUGAGCCCCAUCUCCGGCUCGCUGUUCACCGCUCCCGACACCACCACUAACGCCAUCUGCUCCACCUACCUUGGCCGUGUCUGCCAGGCCAACGCCUUCGGCUCCUCCGGCAGCUUCAGCUCCGCCACCACCAGCUUCCUGUCCAACUUCAAGGGCAAGAACAUCGCCAGCGCAAGCUCCGCCUCUGCCGCCAAGAGCGUUGCUACCACGGCUGGCUUCGGCAAGAUCUAG